UUCUCACAGAAUAUUUUCGAUUAAAUCAAGUGUUGGGAGGCCCGAAUCGCAGCCCUGAGACUCUGCUUUCAGGUUGGAGGAGUACUGUCGAAAAUGCUUGCUCGACUCGCGUCUAAGCGCCUUCUUGAUAUCCGUAAAGUUUUCAGUCAGUUUCCUCAGGCAUCUCGAUCCUUCUCCACUGCCUUAAAUUACCACAUUGAUAGUCCGGAUAACAAUCCUGAUCUUCCAUGGGUGUUUACUGAUGCAAACAAAGAGAAGGUUAAAGAGAUUCUGUCGCAUUACCCGUCCAACUACAAGCAAUCUGCAGUUAUUCCUCUGUUAGAUCUUGCACAGCAGCAGCAUGGAGGGUGGCUUCCUGUCUCAGCAAUGAAUGCGGUGGCUAAGGUUAUAGAAGUUGCUCCUAUACGUGUCUAUGAGGUAGCGACCUUUUAUUCAAUGUUCAACAGGACGAAGGUGGGAAAGUACCACCUAUUAGUUUGUGGCACUACACCUUGUAUGAUACGUGGUUCACGAGAAAUUGAAUCUGCUUUGUUGAAACACUUGGGAGUGAAGCGUAAUGAAGUGACAAAGGAUGGUUUGUUCUCAGUUGGAGAAAUGGAGUGCAUGGGCUGUUGUGUGAAUGCUCCCAUGAUUACAGUGGUUGAUUACUCCAAUGGAUCUGAAGGAUAUACAUACAAUUAUUAUGAAGAUGUUACACCAGAAGGAGUAGUUGAGAUAGUGGAAAAGUUGAGAAAGGGUGAAAAACCACCGCAUGGCACACAAAACCCCAAGCGCACAAGGAGUGGACCUGAAGGAGGGAACACUAGUUUGCUAGGUGAACCAAAGCCCCCUCCAUGCCGGGAUCUUGAUGCAUGCUAAAAUCUUAUUCGGUAACAUCCUCAAUAAUUCAAACAGCGGAUCUAAUAAGCUUAUUUGGGUUGUAUCCUCGUGCCAAAUUUUCUACUGAGCAUUUUUUUCGUCUGCAAUAUCCUGCCAGCACUUGUACUGGUGCAUGUUUAGUUUAAUAGAUUCUAUUUUUGGUUGUGGGUCUGCCUCCCUCUGUAAUGGAUAGAAACAUUCAUCCCAUUAACUCAUUUCCGUGCAGCUUUUAUGUGGCAAAAAUGCUUUGCUUUUGGCAGCAGUACAGUAUUCUCACACAAUUUGAAGGAAGUUUGAUAAACUCAUUUGAAUAAAUUGUUUGUUCCCGGAA